UUCUUGGUUGGGAGUUGUGAGGAACCCACCAUGACGAAGAUUGUACAUUUAGGAAUAGUUGCGGCCCUGCUCCUUUUAUAUUGGCCGCAGGAUGCCGAUGCCGGCUACAAAAUGAAAUGUUACAAGAAAGGGUUGAACGUCCUAGAGUCCCACAAGAUAAAGACUAACACGGGAUGCAAGGCCUUGUGCAUGAAGCUAGGGAAAGUGAAGUACAAACACAAGUGUACCAGAUGGACACUGAUGGACAAUACGUGUUUCAUCACUGCUCGUUGCCACACAACAUCGCCAGAGUUGAAGCAAAUGAAAGGAACGGUACUUUGCAAGCCUCGUUACUCAAGAAGAGCUUACCACAUGUACAGAUGUAACGCAAAAACUGGACUUGAGACGAAAUUUCACAAGACUGUCCAUGCUAUCGAAGACUGCGAGGAAGCUUGUUCCAAAACCAAGUACUGCGUCGCAGCUUACUACAUCCAAGUCCAUAAACUGUGUAGCCUGAGGUUGUGUAAGUUCAAGACUGACCACUCGGUGGCCAAACCAGCGGACGGCACCUUCCUACCCUGCAGCCAUAAACCGUGUACUGGAACGCCGCAUGACGCUUCGCUUGGUUGUAGUGCAUGGUUCAAUGUGUAUGAAUCGGCAAAGCACGUGACCAGUGCCUCCUGCCAGGCGAUGUGUACUAAAGAGCACCAUUGCCGCAGCUGGACCAUGAUGCGUGGACUCUGCCAUUUGAACACGAAUAAGAAGUCCAAGCUCAAAGGCAUGAAGACCAUGUCUAACAAACAGUAUUCUUACUGUAGAGGAAACAUCUACUGUUCCUGGUCAAUCGGCAAGGAAAGUGUGUAUCACAAGACCAUGCCGAGUGCUGAUGACUGUCAGGACGCGUGUAAAGACUCUGCAUACUGCUCCGGGAUGUACUACUUGCAUGCAAGCAAGCUUUGUACUCUACGCUUAUGCCAGCUUAGGGCGCAUGCGCAUAAGAAUGAUGGUGUACCGUCCGACAAGAAGUUUCAACCUUGUAGUCACAAGCCUUGUCACGGUUGGAUGAAGAAUUCUGUUACUGGAAAAGUGAGAUGUUACGAAACUAGGGGAUACGUUUUGCAUAAAUCGGCAAAAAAAACACCCAAAGCGUGCCAGAGAGCCUGCACACACGUACAGUGCUAUUCGUGGACCAUGGUCAACAAAGAAUGCACGAUGAUUGUUUCAACAAGGGCGAAAACACUUAAAGGUUUUAAAUUGGUGGACGAACUUCAUUUUAGUUACUGCAGACCAAAAAAGCGUAAUGUCCAUAAAUGCGAAUACAAAAAAAAGAGUAAAAAAAGCGUUUACGAGAAGAAAGUCAAAAGCGAAGCUGAAUGCGAGUUGGCCUGUGCCAAAACAGCACUCUGUGUGUCGAUGAUUUACAUCAAUGCUGGGAAGCAUUGUAGCUUACUACUCUGUAGGGAGAACGAUGACCACUGGACUCCAACAACCCCACACGAUAAAUCCUUCAAGUUGUGUGGUUACAAGACUUGCAGUGGUUUAAAAGGGAAGAAACCAGCAACAUGUUUUACCAGAGGGUUUCACAUACUCGAAUCAUCAAAGACCACGACCAGCGCAGCGUGUCAGGCCAGGUGCACAGAUAAGAAACAUUGCUGGAGAUGGACGAUGAUCGCCGGACUGUGUCACUUGACAGUUCCAGCGAAAUCAAAACAUGCCCACGUAAAGGGCAUGCACGCCAUGAGCAAGAAAGCAUUUACUUUCUGUUUUGGAAGCAUGAGGGGGUGUAAAGGAGGCACCGAGAGCGUUUAUCACAAGUCUUUGCCAAAGUGGCAGGAUUGUAAGAAGGCAUGCUUAAAGACGCCGACCUGCUCUGGGCUGUACUAUCUGAGAGCCAAGAAGGUGUGUACCAUCAGAAUUUGCCAGAAGAAGGGCAGUAAGACUGUUGCAAAGCCAGCGGAUAAGACUUUCAAGCCCUGCAGUCACAAGCCAUGCCAAGGCAGGGCUAAAGCACCAACGAAGAAAUCUGCCAAGAAGUCAAAGUCAAAGAUGCCCAAGGAUUUCAGGCGGCUCAAUUGUCAUGUCAGCAAGUAUAUGAAGGUGUUGGAAUCGACGAAGACAACGACGACCCCGGCCUGCAAAGCUUUGUGCAUCAAGGGCCAUUGCAUUAGGUGGACCAUGAUGGCCGGCCUCUGUCAUAUCAGCGUCCUACGUUCUUCAAAGAUGAUCGGCAUGAAGACAAUGACCAGCAAGCAGUUCAUAUUUUGCAAAGGACAUAUAGCCCACUGUCGUGGCAAGGAGCGUGUGUUUCACAAGACCAUUCCUAAUGAUAAAGAUUGCAAAUUUGCAUGCUGGAAGACCCCGAAAUGCUCCGGAGUGUACUACAUCAAAGCCAAGAAACUUUGCACCAUUAGAGUUUGCCAGAAGAAGGGGAGUAAGGAUGUUGCCAAGCCAACUGAUAAGACUUUCAAGCCAUGCAGUCACAAGCCAUGUCAAGGUAAAGCUGCGGGACGAGCAAGAAAAAAAGGCGGAUUGGCCAAAAGGAAAGGUGGUCUCACGCAUUGUCAUCAGGCCGGUAAAAAGUACCAUGUGUUGGAAUCGAAGAAGACUACUACAGCGGCAGCAUGCCAAGCUCUGUGUACAACGGGCCAUUGCAGCAAAUGGACCAUGAUGGCGGGCCUCUGUCAUCUAUCGGUUCCGAAACGGUCAAAAUUGGUCGGUAUGAAGUCAAUGACGAAGAAACAAUUCACGUUCUGCUCGGGAAAGAAACGCUGCCAUGGUACUGAAAAUGUGUACCACAAGAUGAUGUCCAAGGUUGAUGACUGCAGGACCGCAUGUUCCAACACAGCUACCUGCAGCGGAAUGUACUACCUUACCAAGCAGAAACUUUGCACCAUCAGAGUUUGCCAGAAGAAGGGGAGUAAGGAUGUUGCCAAGCCAACUGAUAAGACUUUCAAGCCAUGCAGUCACAAGCCAUGUCAAGGUAAAGCUGCGGGACGAGCAAGAAAAAAAGGCGGAUUGGCCAAAAGGAAAGGUGGUCUCACGCGUUGUCAUCAGGCCGGUAAGAAGUACCAUGUGUUGGAAUCGAAGAAGACGACUACAGCGGCAGCAUGCCAAGCUCUGUGUACGACGGGCCAUUGCAGCAGAUGGACCAUGAUGGCUGGCCUCUGUCAUCUAUCGGUUCCGAAACGGUCAAAAUUGGUCGGUAUGAAGUCAAUGACGAAGAAACAAUUCACGUUCUGCUCGGGAAAGAAACGCUGCCAUGGUACUGAAAAGGUCUAUCAUAAGAAGAUGAAAAAUGUCCAUCAUUGCAAGACCGCAUGUUCCAAAACAGCUACCUGCAGCGGAGUGUACUACCUUACCAAGCAGAAGCUUUGCACCAUCAGAGUUUGCCAGAAGAGGGGGAGUAAGGAUGUUGCCAAGCCAGCUGAUAAGACUUUCAAGCCAUGCAGUCACAAGCCAUGUCAAGGUAAAGCUGCGGGACGAGCAAGAAAAAAAGGCGGAUCGGCCAGAAGGAAAGGUGGUCUCACGCAUUGUCAUCAGGCCGGUAAAAAGUACCAUGUGUUGGAAUCGAAGAAGACGACUACAGCGGCAGCAUGCCAAGCUCUGUGUACAACGGGCCAUUGCAGCAAAUGGACCAUGAUGGCUGGCCUCUGUCAUCUAUCGGUUCCGAAACGGUCAAAAUUGGUCGGUAUGAAGUCAAUGACGAAGAAACAAUUCACGUUCUGCUCGGGAAAGAAACGCUGCCAUGGUACUGAAAAGGUCUAUCAUAAGAAGAUGAAAAAUGUCCAUCAUUGCAAGACCGCAUGUUCCAACACAGCUACCUGCAGCGGAAUGUACUACCUUACCAAGCAGAAGCUUUGCACCAUCAGAGUUUGCCAGAAGAAGAGGAGUAAGGAUGUUGCCAAGCCAGCUGAUAAGACUUUCAAGCCAUGCAGUCACAAGCCAUGUCAAGGUAAAGCUGCGGGACGAGCAAGAAAAAAAGGCGGAUUGGCCAAAAGGAAAGGUGGUCUCACGCGUUGUCAUCAGGCCGGUAAGAAGUACCAUGUGUUGGAAUCGAAGAAGACUACUACAGCGGCAGCAUGCCAAGCUCUGUGUACAACGGGCCAUUGCAGCAAAUGGACCAUGAUGGCUGGCCUCUGUCAUCUAUCGGUUCCGAAACGGUCAAAAUUGGUCGGUAUGAAGUCAAUGACGAAGAAACAAUUCACGUUCUGCUCGGGAAAGAAACGCUGCCAUGGUACUGAAAAGGUCUAUCAUAAGAAGAUGAAAAAUGUCCAUCAUUGCAAGACCGCAUGUUCCAAAACAGCUACCUGCAGCGGAGUGUACUACCUUACCAAGCAGAAGCUUUGUACCAUUAGAGUUUGCCAGAAGAGGGGGAGUAAGGAUGUUGCCAAGCCAGCUGAUAAGACUUUCAAGCCAUGCAGUCACAAGCCAUGUCAAGGUCAAGCGAAGAGAGGAACAAGGAAAGGUGGACGUGGCAAGCAGAAUAGCAGACUCAAUUGUAGGCUGACUCAUAUGCUCAAUCUGCUUGAAUCCAAGAAAACAACUACCAGUGCACAUUGCAAGACUCUCUGUUCCAAAGAUCGUUGCUUUAGAUGGACAAUGAUGGCGAACCUUUGUCAUCUUACCGUUUCAAAGCAUCGCUCCAAGUUGAAUGGCAUGAAGACAAUGACAAAGAAACUCUUCACAUUUUGCAAAGGAAAAAUGUUAGCAUGCGCAGGACUGGAAAAGGUCUAUCAUAAGAAGAUGAAAAAUGUCCAUCAUUGCAAGACCGCGUGUUCCAACACAGCUACCUGCAGCGGAAUGUACUACCUUACCAAGCAGAAGCUUUGUACCAUUAGAGUUUGCCAGAAGAAGGGGAGUAAGGAUGUUGCCAAGCCAGCUGAUAAGACUUUCAAGCCAUGCAGUCACAAGCCAUGUCAAGGCCACCCAAGAGAUGAAAAAAAGGCCCGAAAGAAGAAUGUGAAAAAGCCAGAGAAGAAAAAAGCUCAGAAAAAGGCCAAACCACUUAACUGUGCAAUGAGCUUCUGGUUUAGUGUGUUGGAGUCUAAGAAGACAAUCACUGCAUCAGCUUGUAAGGCUCUUUGUGUUAAAGGGCAUUGCAGCACUUGGACAAUGAUGGACGGGUUGUGUCAUCUUACCGUCCCAAAAAGCUCCAAACUGGUCGGAAUGAAGACAAUGUCAGAGAAGCAGUUUACAUUUUGUACCAGAAAUGUGGUUUGCAGUGGUAAGGGUACUGAACACGUGUAUAACAAGAAGAAGAUUGCUCUCGAUGAAUGCAAGUCCACGUGUUCUCAGACAUCGGCCUGUUCUGGAAUAUAUUACCUCACCACACACAAGCUCUGUACUAUGAAGGUCUGCCAGGAGAAGGGAAAGGCGAUGCCCAAACCGGCUGACAAAGCAUUCAAACAGUGCAGUCACAAGCCAUGCCAUGGAAAGGCCGUAGAAGGGAAGAAAAAGAAAAAGAGUGGCUACAAUCCGCAGAUAUUUUGGUGUCCCCAACACUUCUUUUUAUCCGUUCUCUACUCGAAGACAAUCACGAAAAACUCCGCCUGUGCAGCAGAGUGCAAGAAACUAGGAGGAGGAACGUGUUUCAAAUGGGUAAUGAUGAACGGAGCCUGUUACCUGGUAUGCAGUUCUCUUGGGCAGUCCAACAGUAUGGCGAAGCUUUCGCACACGGAAUAUACAUUGUGUGGAGUCAGAAGUCGAAUGCAUAAGUGCAAGACUCGUGGCAAGGAAUCAAUAUUCCACAAGACUGUGAAAACUGACGAUGAUUGCAAAGAAGCUUGUGCCCACACCACACUUUGUUCAGGAGCCUACUUCUUCAAGAAGACAAAACAUUGCAGUAUUUCCCUGUGCAAAACAAAGAGUGAUAAGGCUGAUGCUAAACCUUACGACAAGACAUUCAAACCUUGUAAAAAGCCACCGUGUACAGGUUUGGCAACAAGCACUCACCUCUCCGGCCGCUGAAAAGAUAUUUCGAUCUGUCAGUGUCAACGGUUGCUUGGUGAAAAUCGGACCACAACAGAAGGAAUUAUCUACACACCUAGGGAUGGCAAUCCUGCCUAAAAAUGACUUACUAUACAUGUAUAUUGCCUUUAUUUCAGGCAUCCACUUCUGUAAUAAUUCAUGCAGUCUGAUUCAUUCAUAAUAAAGAAGCGACGAAGUAUA